CUUGGUGGAAACAGCUGGUAAUCCUUGCAUUUUACCUACAUUUCUCUACAAAUAUCAGCUAUUGUUAUAUCUUUCCAUCAAAUCCAGUCCACUCUGCAAUUGAAAGGAUUACAGAUUUUGCAAUUUUAUCUUGCAUUUCAUGGCUUCAUCCUCCUCAUCUGCUCUGGAAAGAUCGAUUGCAUCUCCUAAAGUGUAUGAUGCAUUCAUCAGCCACCGAGGCCCUGACGUCAAAGACACCCUUGCUAAAAAACUCUAUGAGCGUCUUCAGGAAAGAGGGUGUCAGGCAUUUCUAGACCGUCCAGAGAUAGAAGGGGGAGAUUCUAUUUUUUCUGCUAUAAGCAAUGGCAUUCGCUCAUCUGCUGUGCAGAUAGCCAUUUUUUCCAAAGGAUAUGCAGAGUCUCAAUGGUGCUUAGACGAGCUUGUUCUUAUGUUAGAACAAACUGAAGCAGGGGCCCUGUUUAUUCCCGUGUUCUACGAUGUUAAACCUUCGGAGCUUCGUUACAUCAAGGACAAGUCUCAGUAUGCUUCAGCAUUUUCUACUUAUGAAAGUAAUGACAGGAACCUUGAUAGGUUGGAUGUUUGGAAGAAGGCCCUCAAAUCUGCUGCAGACUUAUCUGGUUAUGAGCUUAGCCAGUAUGCUGCAGACAUAUCUGGUUAUGAGCGUAGCCGGCGUGAAGAUGAUUUGUGUGAAAAGAUUGUGUCCCGUGUGCUAAAAGAGAUGAAAAAGAGGAUGCCCUUACCCGUUGCGAAAUUUCCUGUUGCACUUGACGAAAUCGUCCAAGAUUUUGAAAAAAAUUAUUCAGAGAAAGCGGGGUUAGUAGGCAUCUUCGGACUCGGCGGGUCUGGCAAGAGCACUCUGGCCAAAGAACUGUUUAACAGGAAGCGUGACGAAUACAAGGCAUCAUGUUUUCUCUCCGAUGUGAGGGAAUCCCAAGCCAGGAAUGGCUUGCACUCCUUGCAAAGGCAGCUCUUGAAAGAUCUCUUCGAUGAUCAGCAAGAGUUAAGGAAUGUGGAUGAUGGAAUAGCACGGCUGAAGCUUCGUCUUGGAGGGGCAAGGGACUGGAAGUUCCUUAUAGUCCUAGAUGACGUCGAUCAUCUGGACCAGUUGGAUAUACUCAUACUUCAACUCGAAGGUGUGCUCAGUUCUUGUAGCUUGGUCAUUAUUACAACCCGUGACCAAAGUGUGCUAACGGCUGCAGAUGUUACUAUCAAGUAUCCAAUGAAGCCAAUGGAUAGGGAUCGAGCUAAAGAGCUCUUCUGUAGCCAUUCUUUCCCUGGACGGAAUCUGCCUUUUCCAUAUGAAAGAUUGGUUGAAAGAUUCAUUGACUUUUGUGGAGGCUUACCCAUUUCACUUAUGGUUUUGGGUGCCCAUGUUCGUGGUAAGGGUGAGCGCUAUUGGAAAUUAGAAUUGGAAAAAGUUAAGAAAAUCACCCCACAGGAAAUAAUGCAUAGACUUAAAAUUAGCUUUGAUGGUCUGGACAAAGAAGAGAAACAGAUAUUUAUAGACAUAGCUUGUUUCUUCAAUAAAAAGGAUUUUUUAGUCCGUCAAGACCGGGUGCCAAGAACUGACUCUGUACCUUUUAGGCGUCCUACUUCAGUUUCAAUUAGAUUGCAUGGUCCACGAGAAGAAAUCUUUUAUGUGGAUUCAACUGAACCUAUAUCAAUCUGGAAGAUGUCUGGUUGGAGCGCUGAACAUGCAGUUCACAUUCUGCAAAAUAAGUGCCUAAUUGAAGUGAAGAUCGAAGAUGCGUACUGGCGCUUUGAAAUGCACGAUCACCUCCGUGAUCUGGGGCGACAAUUGGCAGAUGACUUGGUCCCUCGUCGGCUGUGGAAACCAGAAAUUCUUAGAUCCAUGGAAGAGAAAGGAUUUGAACAUAUCCUAGCAGAAACAAAGGCUAGGUGUUUCAAUUCGUUCUGGGAUUCGUCCCUCGAAUCCAAUAUUAAUUAUUUUGUAGGUAGUUUAAAUGACUAUAGUGAGACUGAACUCCUGUGGCUUGAAAUUAAUAGACAUGGAGGCGCAUUAGAACAAUUUCCUUCGUGGAUUCCUCUACGAAGAUUGCAAUAUUUAUUUGUUACAUUGAUGGACGAAACUUGGAACAGGUUCCAGCAACAAAUGCAGAGCAAUACUCAGAGUAAUUGUGAAUGCCAGGCCACUUUCGAGUUGAGGAGGCUGCGCAUUUUCAGUACUCCCUAUAUGCCAGUGAGUCAAAGAUUUAAGCCGCGACAUCCGAGAACUCUAGAAUUAGGGCAGCUACAGAGACUGAAUAUUCUUGAACUGCAGACUUGUUUCGAUUUGCAAACAAUAUCAGGGUUAUCUUCUCUAACAGGGCUUCGGUCUCUUCACAUGCGGGAUUGUUACAGAUUGGAAACUAUAGCAGAUUUAUCUUCUCUAACAAGGCUUGAGUCUCUUCAUGUACAGAGAUGUCCCAAAUUGCAAACAAUAUUCAGGUUAUCUUCUCUAACAGGACUUCAGUCUCUUCAUGUGCAUGAAUGUCCUAAAUGUGAAAUAAUGUUUUGUGAAGAGUUUAAGGCGUUGCAGACGAUUGCAAAUCUAUGUAAUCUGGAAGAAAUCGCAAUUCUAGGAUGUGGUCAGGUGCAGAGUGUACAAGGUUUUGAAGAGUUGAAAGAUUUGAGACGCUUGGUGCUUCAAGUGUCUGAGAAUGGAUAUGCAUUUGUACGAAAUUGCGUUAAUGGACUCAGGAGGCUGCCGUCAGAGUACACUGUUUUGAUAGGGGGUGCAGUGGAUGAAGCAAUGUCUAGAUUGAAUGUAAAUUUGUUUGCUGAAGUGAUCGACGGUCCAACAAUCCGUGAGAUAGGGGGAGAAGAGUAUCUGGUGUCCAUGCGUAGCUCAUCGAGUGCAAUUACUGUAUAUGCUUUACUAUAUGAUUGUGGAAUGAUUGAGUUUUCUGCCAGACUAGGGACACCAUAUUUUGACCGAUUUGAGUCAGGUGGAGGCCACAUGAUGAUUACAGCUGUACUCCCCCCAAGAAGCCAAUUCAAAUUUGAAGUCUUUUGCCGGCGUCACUGGUAUCUGCGUAGAGUACUGAAGGGGUUUAAGGCCAGGGUGAGCGAAGGGGAGGAAGAUAAAGCUUUAACUCUACUGCGAAGCCUUAUUGACAGAGUAUACGGAUAAAAGGUAUGGUACCAAAGUUGGCGGCAUAUGAUGCCGUAAAACGCAAGAGAAAACGAAAGCAAAAGUAUGGAGAAGUGUGAUUAGCUUUCACUAUCUGUUGUAGAAAUGCUUCUGUCAUCUUUGUUUUAUUCAAGCCUUUUGAUUUCUACUUAAAAUUUAAGUUAUGAAAUUCUACUGCAUGUUAAUUCCAGUUUAUCAUGAAUGUCCUUCUUGUACUCUGCGUGUAUCUUAAAAUACAACAUUCACAUUUAUGUAUCUCAAGUAUCCUAAUAUUGCCAUAUGGUCUAUAUUUCAUCAUUUACUAUCAAAUAAAAAUAUUGCAUGAUUAGUUUUUGUGA